AUGGCGUUUCUCGCAAAUCUGCGCAUCGUUCAUCGCGACCUCGCCGCCAAGAACAUCACCGGUUUCGCCUUAAGCCGGACCGAGGACGACCACGACUACAUGCGCAACCUGCGGCACAAUCGAGCCAGACUCAGAUGGUCAGCACCGGAAGCUGUCUCUGAUGGGAGCUUCUCCGAGAAGUCUGACGUAUGGUCAUUCGGAGUCCUCCUCUGGGAGAUGCACACGUUUGGCGAGACGCCUUUCGAGAAGAUCCCACCCGAGAGAUUUCCAGAUUAUUUGAAUAGUGGCCAGACGCUGGUCCCACCCGAAUCCACCCCGCAUUGGAUGGUCGAAUUGAUGCAUAGCUGCUGGCGACUGAAGCCAAAACUUCGCCCAACUUUUGCCACGUUGUGCGACAGACUACGCAACCACGUGCAACUCCUGAAGCACAACGAAUAUUAUUUGAAUCUGAGCCAUCUUCCGGAGAUUUUUUCGGAAACACCUGUCCAAGCAGCGCAUCCGGAAGAUCCAGAAACAGAAGGAAUUGUUGAAAAUGGCGGUUUUGACGACUCCACAACGGCUACGAUU